UUCGUGGUAGACGUACAUUCCAUGAAGCGGUUCUGUUUGCCCAGCAGAGGUGAGGUUGCCGUCCAGAGUGGACAGUCACCUGCCGUCAGGUGCUGCUGUGGCGCCUUCCAGACACAAGUGGAGUCAGCAUUAGCCUGAGAGCAGAGCCAGGUGAAAGUAUUUUUGUCUCUGAACAAGAAAUAGCUUCUAUUCUUGAAUUCAGGAGCUUAAAAAAAAAUUACUGUUCGCAAAAAUAUGUAGAAGCACUAUUUGGAUUUAACCCAAAUUGAAAUUUGGCCCAUUUAAAGAAGGCAGCUAACGGCGAGUGCUGGAAGCCAGUGAUUGGAUUUGGGGAUGGAGGUAAUGCAGCCUGCAAGUCAAGAGUACAGAGCUCCAACACAGCUUGUUCCGUGGUCAUCUCCGAAAGGGACAAAAUGUACUUCAUGCAGACUUUUUAGCACUUAUUUUUCUAUUUAGAGAAGAGUUUGGUAGCUUUCCUUGGCUACUGUGAAGCUGAUGGAGCACACACAGCCCAGUUCUGCUUUACUAUCAGCCGGAUAAAUCCUGCAUUCCCUCCGAGCAGAAAUGACAUACUGGAUCAGCACUUCAAUACAGACCUAACGUGAACCCAUCAGGACAAUGGCCACAUUUCUCAGUCACAGUAGUCAAGGUCCCAGUGCUGGAUGCAGGCCAGUGCAGGCCAGUGCCUUUUCUACAGGGCAUGGGUUCUCUUGCACAACACUGACAAAAAAGUGGCAUUGUGUUCCCGUGAGAAGCAGUGGAGCUGUGCUGAGUUACAUGAGGUAGAGGCACGUGCAGUUAUCUCUGUCCUGCUGGUUUGACCCACAGAUGCAGGUGAUACAGCUAAGCCUGACUGUGAGUCUCAUCUGACCUUGAACAAGCUUGUACAGAUCCAGACCCUUCUGCCUAGAAGGGAGACUCUAGACUCUGAACAAUGGCAUUUGUGUCUUGGCCUCUCAAUGGGCCAAGACUCAGACGGAGCAGCUGCUGUUGUCCCAGGUGGAACGCAGUGGCAGAUUGGACUGUUUUGUUGACAUACAAGGGGAAUGCAUCAUCUCUGGGAAUUUUUGUAGUUUUUUUUUUAUUGCUUGAUUUUACUUAAGUAACAAUGUCUGAGUGGCGCCAUGAACUGCACCCAUUUGCAUUGUGCAUCUGAGCAUCCAUGAUGUAAAUGUGCCUGUAUUUUAAAUCUGUGUAGCCUUAUCACACCUGUUAGACAAGCUCAUCUUUCUGUGCUGUUUACGGCUUUCCCUGUACCAUGCAUUCCAGCCUGCAUGCAGCUUUUUGCUCAGAGUUUAUGCUGAGGCAGGACCUCACACAUACCCUGUCCCAUCAGCCCCUGGGAACAGGAAGCUCCAAGUCCUCCCACACAGGUGGGGAUAGAAACAGUUUGUGGCAACACAAGUCUCUCUCCAUGGUGGAGAAACCUAUGCUUAUCCACUGUGUUCUACUCAGUGUGUAGUGACGACAGAUGAUCAAUUAAACCAGUCACAUGUGCUGGCCCUGGUUGAGUGUCGUGUGUCUCACCUGUGGAACCUACUCAAUGUUAUACCUUAAAGCCAAACUUCCCUUUCUUUGGUUUAAUAUACAUAACCGGCCACCCGUUGUUACCUCCUGGUCCCUUGAGCUCUCUCACGUCCUCCUACUGCUUGAAGUCCCCUCUUGGUCAAGCUCUGGGAAGGCUCAGGUAAGAACUGUCUCCAGAGCCAGAGCAUGAGUCCACAUGUGUCUGACUCACCGCUGGGCAGUAUCCACAGGUGAAUGGUGGCUUGCCAAGAUCAUGUGUAUUAAAACUAGUAGUUUUUAUGAUGCCUGGAGGAAAUCGCUGUGCUCAUGAUUCAUUUGUUCUCACUGAAAUCCUGUCCUGGUCCCGCCGCAGCAUCUGGGCUGUUAGGUGGAAAGUGGCAUUAAAGGAACCUCCUCUUUCCUGUGUUACUCCUGGGUUGUUUCCAGUGGAGCUAAGCAGUGGCAGAAGCAGGCAGCAGGGGUCGUCCUGUAGCCUACAUGGGCAGGAGGAAAGGUGGGUGGCCAUACGGGGUUCUGUACAGUCUUUUUAGGGAAAGCCGCUGCUGUCUUGUUUCUCGUGGUGUUGUAUAAAGAGCAACUUGGCUAGUUCUAGCUCUGAGCACAGCAGCGCCUGUCCUCAGCUGUGCAGCCAUGCUACACGCUCCUCCGAGGCAGGGCCGCUGGGCGUGCUUGCCUCUAAACUGCAAGUCAUUUACAAUUAAGUAUUCAAAAAUAGAAACUGAAAAAGUUGCCUCUGUCCAUCCUCACAUUUUGGGAAAUACCUUCUAGGACAGAUAAUGAAACCAUGCAGAUGUAGGCACACAUUUGCAGGCCCACAUAGAGAACAUUCCAGCUCAAUCUUUUAGGAAACAGUUUAGGGUAAAAAUAGACGCCUUUGGGCCAAGAAAAGCCUUUUCGCAGAAAGGGCACUGGGAUCUGAAGAUAGCUCUGCCUCGCCUGGAAGCCAUCGAUCUCCUGAGCUUAAGUAACAGAAAAGAAACAUGACCCUGGGCUUCCACUCAGCUCAGAAUGUGUCACCUCCCUUAGCUCAGGGGAUUCGACUGGCCUCUUCAGAGCAAGAACAAACAGAGGAGCCACACAGACACACUCUGAGGUCUGACAGUUAACCAUCUUGCCAGAGAAAGACAAAGAAAGCCUGGAAGGGCUGUUGUGGCCAAUCACCUCCAAUGAAAACACCUUGAAAAGCCAAGAGCCCUGUGCUCAACAGGACUGUCAACUCAGAGGGGGAAAAACCUUUUAAGGAAACUUAAACUUCAGUGGGCUGCUCUUGUGCCAGGACUUUGAGGCCCUCUGAACAUAAGCCGAACCACAGAUGGCUGUGCGUAAGUCUGGAUCCUGACACCCGCCCUCCCCACCCGGAGCCUCAGCACCAGUUGUUGGCCAAAAAUAAACACCAUUCCUCAACCAUAUAUGUCCAGCAGUCCUGAUCUCAGAGGAAGCAGGAGGCAGGUCAGACCCUUGCCGGGCGGGCACACUCACGUGAAGCAGCCCCUCAGCAUGCACAUAACCCAGCUCAAUCGGGAGUGCCUGCUGUGCCUCUUCUCCUUCCUGGACAAGGACAGCAGGAAGAACCUCUCCAGGACCUGCUCCCAGCUCCGAGACGUGUUUGAGGACCUCACCCUCUGGCCCCUGCUGCACUUCCAUUCCCUCGCAGAGCUCAAGAAGGACAACUUCCGGCUGGGCCCUGCACUGCGCAGCCUGUCCAUCUGUUGGCAUUCCAGCCGCGUGCAGGUGUGCAGCAUCGAGGACUGGCUCAAGAGUGCCUUCCAGAGGAGCAUCUGCAGCCAGCAUGACAGCCUGGUUAACGAGUUCCUCCUGCAGGUGUGCGACAGGUGCCCCAACCUGGCGUCCCUCACGCUUUCGGGCUGCGGCCACGUCACCGACGACUGUCUGACUCGCCUGUUGCUCAGCUGCCCGCGCCUGCGCGCGCUGCGCCUCGAGAACUGCGCGCGCGUUACCAACCGCACUCUGGCGGCCGUGGCCGCGCACGGGCGCUCGCUGCAGACUCUGCACGUGGACUUCUGCCGCAACGUGAGCGCCGCUGGCCUGCUUCGCCUGCGCGCCGCCUGCCCGAGCCUGACCCUGAGCGCUGAGCACAGCGCGGCCAUGAUCCCCGACCAGCCGCCGCGCGCUCACGGGUGCGCCGCCUCGCUUUUCCCGGCCGCUCCUGGGGCACGGUGCCUACCUCACCAGACGAGUUCCUGUGGAGGACUGGCGCGCGAUUAA